CAUCCGACCAUACCGCAUAAACCAUAGAUCCUUAGGAAUGAUACCCCGGAGUCCGCACCACUCGUUAUUAUUCAUCCUUGCUGUUCUCUAAUCCCCAGUCUUUCCCGAUGCCGCCGGCCAAAUCGAAAGCAACCCACGAAGACGCCAAGUCGGACACUGCGAGCCUCAAGGAACGCAAUGGUCACGGCACCAAGGACGGCCACAAGACCAAUGGCAAACUACAGCGGGUAGCCAGCUCGACCGGCUCUCAACUCAAAGAAGCUGCGUCUGCCAAAGGCUCGACAUCCACACCAGCAGCAGCAACUGUGCUGCAGCCCAUUGCUCCAGGACUACAAUGGUCAACCUUCGAUCGCGAUGUCCUGCACGAGUAUCGCCGUGAACACCGGCUCGACACGCCGACCGCUUUCUCUUCCUCAUACCGCUUCUGGGUCCUAUCACAAUCUUGUGUCGGCAAACAAUCACCCACGAUGGCGCGACGAGCACAAUUCCGGCGGCAGAGCAAAGACGACCUUGCUAAGGUUGUGCGAAGACAUUUCAACGGCGCCGGGGUCCAGGAGAACGACGUCAUUGUCGAGUUUUUGCACAAAGUGAGAAAUCCCGGUGUGGCCAAACCAAGAAGGAACAAAGAGGCACCACAUUCCUCCCCGCUUCCUUGAGAUACGCUCUGGUCUGGUCAUGAUAUAAUACGUGAUUGCGACUAAUGCGUUAUAUAUAUUCGGUUUGUCUGGAUUGAUUGAGUCACUGCCAGAUGCACCACAUGCCUACAGGUAUGCAUACAUAAAACACACACAUAUAUGCUACACGCAUAGAAACCCGCAUCGGCUUUUGCUGGGUUGGUAUGGGUGAAGGUAUAUUUCCGAUACCCGGAAGAGGUUGUUGCACAUACUUUGCAUUUUCACAAGGAGUUAAGGCGGUUGGUCUGUCUUCGAGCACAUCAUUGAAGGAUUACUUAGGGACUGGUUAAAUGAUGGGUUUCUUAUACGAAGUUUAUGUGUCAAAGGAUGGAAAGGGACUUGGAACUGUGAUAUAAAUGUUUGCAAGGCAUAAGGUACAGCUAUCCAUUGUAUCUACACUACGUUACGCUUUACUGUCGUGCAUACACUACCUAAUGAUAUCUUUAUGGAACGUCUCUAUUUGAAGCGAAACUUUA